UUCACAAACGCUGUCGCACACACCUCCAAAUCUCAUCGUCUCGUCUUCGUGUUCAUCCUCAUCAACGAAAAACCCUUACCUCUCUUCUCUUUCACACACACAAUUCUCUCGCACAUAAUAAUAGAUCGCUGUUGUAUCUUAAUUUCAGUUACAAUCCGAAACGAUAACCAUUUCGAUCUUCAUGCUUUCCCUGGUUUCAGUUUAUUGAUUUAUGCUUAUUUUGUUUCGCAUGCGAUUGAUAUGAUUUUCUCAGAAUCGAUUAAAAUUGAAAUGAACGGUGGAAGCAUUAGUGAAUGAAUCUCGCAGAGUUUGAAAAUGCCAGGAUUAGCGCAAAGGAUUGAACAAUUUACUAAUGACUCAUCGACGCCGCCGUGCUCACUUUCUACCAAUGGAUUCUGGUCUAAGAAUCGUGACGACGUUAGCUACAAUCAGCUCCAGAAGUUCUGGAGUGAGCUGUUGCCGCAAACUCGCCAAGAUCUCUUGAGGAUAGACAAACAAUCCCUUUUUGAGCAAGCUCGUAAAAAUAUGUACUGCUCCAGAUGCAAUGGGCUGCUUCUUGAAGGUUUUUUGCAGAUUAUUAUGUAUGGGAAAUCUUUGCAGCAGGAAGGGGUUGGUGCUAACUUUCCUUGCAACAGACCUGGGGGUUUGAAAAAACAAAAUAAUGGUGGAUCAAGCAUUAUCAGUGGGUGCCAAGACGAAAUUCAAGAUCCUUCUGUCCUUCCUUGGGGAGGUCUGACCACAACUCGUGAUGGUUCAUUGACACUUAUGGACUGCUACUUAUACUCAAAGUCUCUGAAAGGACUGCAAAUUGUCUUUGAUGGGGGCCGAGCAAGGGAGCGGGAAAGAGAAUUGCUUUAUCCUGAUGCCUGUGGUGGGGGAGGCCGUGGUUGGAUAAGCCAAGGAAUAGUGAGUUAUGGCAGAGGACAUGGGACAAGAGAAACGUGUGCUCUGCACACUUCCAGACUUUCAUGUGAUACUCUGGUGGAUUUUUGGUCAGCACUGGGAGAGGAGACUCGGCUUUCUCUUCUAAGGAUGAAAGAAGAAGAUUUUAUUGAGAGACUUAUGUACAGGUUUGAUAGCAAGAGAUUUUGCAGAGAUUGUAGAAGAAAUGUUAUUCGAGAAUUCAAGGAACUAAAAGAACUGAAACGCAUGCGCAGAGAACCUCGUUGCACCAGCUGGUUUUGUGUUGCUGACUCAGCCUUUCAGUAUGAGGUAUCUGAUGACUCAAUCCAAGCUGAUUGGCAUCAGGCUUUCGCUGAUACUUCGGGAUCCUAUCAGCACUUUGAGUGGGCUGUGGGGACAUCUGAUGGAAAAUCUGACAUUUUGGAAUUUGAAAAUGUUGGAUUGAAUGGAUGUGUUCAAGCCAGUGGCCUGGAUCUUGGCAGUUUGACUGCAUGUUUCAUCACCCUCCGAGCUUGGAAACUAGAUGGACGCUGUACUGAACUUUCUGUUAAAGCUCAUUCAUUGAAGGGUCAACAGUGUGUCCAUUGCAGGCUAAUUGUUGGAGAUGGUUAUGUUACAAUCACAAAAGGGGAAAGUAUCAAAAGAUUCUUUGAGCAUGCUGAAGAGGCAGAGGAAGAAGAGGAUGAUGAUUCGAUUGACAAGGAUGGAAAUGAGCUUGAUGGAGAAUGCUCACGUCCCCAAAAGCAUGCAAAAAGCCCUGAACUUGCUCGGGAAUUUCUGCUAGAUGCUGCCACUGUUAUUUUUAAAGAACAGGUUGAAAAGGCUUUCAGAGAAGGAACAGCUCGCCAAAAUGCACACAGCAUAUUUGUUUGUCUUGCACUAAAAUUGCUGGAGGAACGAGUGCAUGUAGCAUGCAAAGAAAUCAUUACAUUUGAAAAGCAGAUCAAACUUCUUGAAGAAGAAGAAAAGGAAAAACGAGAAGAAGAAGAACGCAAGGAGAGGAGGAGGACAAAGGAAAGGGAGAAAAAACUUCGUAGGAAGGAAAGACUAAAAGGAAAGGAAAAAGAUAGAGAAAAAAGGUGUUCUGAAUCAAAUGAUGUUCUUGGCUCUCCUGAAAUCUCAAGUGAAGAAUUGUCUGUAGUUGCUGAUAUGGAGCAAAAUAAUCCUAUUAGCUGCAGGAAUUCUGUUAUUGAAACAGAUGAAGCUAAUCUAUUGAGGGAUGAUUCUCCUAACAUCCAAGAUGAAGAAUUCUCUGGUGAGUGUAAUACUUUGAGAACACAAGAUCACUCUUAUGAUGAAGAAAAUUCCAAUACAAAAGACGAGACAGGUCAGUCUACAGUUGAACAAUCAGUACAUUCUCAUCGAAGACUAAAAUGUAGGAAAGAAUUUCAACAGGGUAUGCCUAUGAAGUGGUCUGACAAACGCCGACAUGCAGUUGUUUCAGAAAAUGGUGUGAUGGAUGGCAGAUCUGAGCCAAGACAUUAUGGAGAGAGUUGUGUGGCAUCAUCCAGGGUAAUCAAUGGAUUGAAUAGGCUAUCAAGAAUAAAUGUUCCAACAAAACCCAAUGCUCGAAAUGUUGGUCCUAAGUAUAAUGAGAAGUUCUAUAGUACUACUAAGAACCGGAUGAGUGACAGAUGUGAUACUCAUUCCUGCAGUUGUAGCCUGAAUAAUGAAUAUAAGAUAAGGGUUGAGCAACGUUCUCCUAUGACUAGAGUUAGUAGGGAGACAAAACCUGCCUGUCAGUCUGAAUCUUCAGGAGAUGCAUCUAAGCAGUUUUAUCAUGGUAAUAAGUACAAUCAAGUGGACUAUAUUCAUGAGAGUAAUGGUAGAUCCAAAAGCAAAAUCAUCUCGGGGAACUAUCCUGGAAGGGAAUUGUUUCAAUCAAAGAAAGUUUGGGAGCCAAUGGAAUCUCAGAAGAAAUAUCGCUGUAUUAAUUCAGACUCCAAUGUCAUUUUGAUGUCCACUAAAGUUCAAGGAGUUCAGUCUGAUCUGAUCAAGUCAUCUAUUAGGGAAGCUGUUCGUUCAGGUGAGAAUAAUUAUGAGGAUUGUAAUUCGAAGAGAUUAAGUGGAAUGGAUGAAGGCUGUCAAAAUGAUUUUCAUGUGGAAGCUGAAGGUUGUUGUAGCUCUAUGGAAAUUGCUUCUGAGGAAUCUGGAAUAUGUCCAACUAGAGGCUCUGCCUUGAAUAAUUCUUCUGAUCCAACUCAAAGCAGUACUGUUAGUUCUGAUAACUACUCAUCAUGUCCAAGUGAAGGUGAUAAUAAUUCAACCUCAUCGAACCGUGAAAAUGCAGAAUCCUCAACCACAUCAGAUUCAGAAGAUGUUAGCCAACAAUCUGAAGUAAGAGAUAGUUCAGCUUGUAUUGAAAAUGGCUUGUCUGAAUGUCAUGAAGUUGGCGUGGAGAAUAACCAGAAUGCAAUUGGUGAAGGUUUGGCAAGAAGUUCAAGUUCACUAGGUGGUCCAUCCUUGGAUGGUACAAGAAAUGAUGCGUUGGGGAAUCUUGUGGAAAUUGUCCAAAAUUUUGACAAUGGUUUUUCCACCAUUAAUGUGUGUUCUCAACCUCAAAGCAUGCUUCCACUUAUGUCAAACCAAAAUAAACAAUUUCGAGUGUUUCAACCUCCAUCAACAAUGGGUUAUUUCCAUCAAAAUCCAGUCUCAUGGCCUGCUGGUCCCGCCAACGGGUUGAUGCCCUUCCCACAGCCAAAUCAGUAUAUGUAUGCUGGCCCUCUUGGAUAUGGUUUAAAUGAGGACCCACGCUUCUGCUUGCAGUAUGGUGCCUUACAGCAACCAGCGCCCUUGUUCAACUCUGCUUUUCCAGUCUAUCAGCCAGUUUCCAGAACUAAUGUCUUAAAUGCAGAGCAACGAACUCGAGUUUCCAAGCCAACUUCCUUGCCAGAGCAUCUUAAUGGAUCUAUUGCAGAAAAUGCUGUUCCAGCUGGAGCUAAUUCCAAAAUACCAGCAUUGAAUGGAGAAGUUAGACAUGAUAAUUUUGCUAAGUCACAAGAGAAUAACAGUGACUUUUCAUUGUUUCAUUUUGGUGGGCCUGUAGCCCUUUCAACGGGUUGUAAAUCGACUCUUGCAUCUUCAAAUGGUGGUGCUGUUGGCGAUUUUAGAUCAGAAAGCUCAGCAGAUCAUGUAGAAAAAGUCCAUACUUGCAAUAAGAAAGACGCUACCACCGUGGAGGAAUACAACUUGUUUGCGGCAAGUAGUAGCCUAAGGUUUUCAAUUUUCUAAAAUGAUAAAGUGAGAAGUGUAAGGUGGCUGUUGUGAAAUCCAGUCCCUAUCUUCAUAUAUGGCAAUGGAGGUUUGAGUACCUUGUAAUUCGGUAAACAAUAAGUUUCCUACAGCAAUUUCCAAUUUUAGUCUAUAACUUGAUUAGUUGAUUGUUGUCCAGAUUGUCUCUUUAUUUCUUUCUUUGAUGUAGAGAAAGAUUGACAGUGUUGGUAUUUUUAACUUUUUCUUUUUGGUGUGAGGGUGU